UCGGUUUGUGUGGAAUACGUCAUCGGUUCGGUUUGAGUGUCGCUUCCGGAUAAAGGGGGUUCGAAACACGCGCCACCUUGUGGGUGUUUCAGGAGUAGUAGAACCAGUAGUAGUAGUAGAGUGUCGGAGAGUCAGAGAGUUAGAAAGUUGUGUCAUUGUCGUUAUUGUAUUAUUAGAGCUAUAUUAUUAUAUUAUAUUAGGUUAUAUUAGGUUAGUAUAUUGUUAUUAUUAAUUAUAUUAGUUAUAUUAUAUUAUUAUUAUAUUACAUAGAUAAGAUUGGUUGGAUUGCUUUGGAUUUUUGGACUUGGACUGGACUGCUUGUUGAUUUGGAUUGCCCUUUUGGAUUUGUUUGCUUUUUUUGUGACCUCUUAAUGGAGCCAGCAAGAAAGAGGAAAUCCUCCCCUGUCUGGGAGCAUUUUGAAAUGGUUGCUCACAAUAAGGUGAAAUGCUUGCUGUGCCUGAAGGAGCUGACAUACAGCAAUAACACCUCCUCCAUGCUCAGGCAUUAUCGAGCACUGCAUGAACAUGCAGAAACUAGUAACAAUCCACACAGUACUCAAAAUUCCAAAAAAGAAAUGGUGAAUGAGGCCCUGGUGAACAUGGUCGUCAAGGACUCCCAACCCUUUUCCAUUGUGGAAGAUGCUGGAUUUAGGGAGCUCCUGCAUGUGUUGGAUCCUACUUAUGUUAUCCCAACUCGAAAGGCUUUGAAGGUCAUGGUUGAAAAUAAAUACAAGGAGGCUAAGGAGAAGGCCAGAGAGCAGUUGCAGAAAGUUGCGGCUGUAAGCUUUACGUCUGACAUGUGGACAUCCCUACACAUGGAUGCCUACCUAGCAAUAACCUGCCAUUUUAUAGAUGAAAACGACAAGCUCUGCACUAUUUCACUAGGUGUAGAGCAUUUUCCUAAGAGCCAUACCGCUGAGAACUUGGCUACUGGACACAUCAAGCUCAUGGAGGAGUGGGGCAUAAAGGAGAAAGUGAAGUGCCUGGUAACUGAUGCGGCAGCCAAUAUGAUUGCAUGUGUAAGAUCAUUAAAUGUUAGCACAACAGCAAAAGAAAGACUGGCCCAAGUACAGGAGCAGAUGGGGAGACCAGUACUGAAGCUGAUAAUUGAAGUGGACACUCGCUGGAACAGCACUUAUAACAUGCUGGAACGGCUCUAUCAGGUGAGAGAGCCAGUGGGGGCAGCCCUUGCCUGUCUAAGGACUGACAUCACCCCACUUACUGCCUUGGAGUAUGAGGCUAUCCAAGAUGCCUUACAUGUUCUUGCCCCUUUCCACCAGGCUACAGUAGAGCUUUCUGCUGAGAAAGAGUGUCUGCCUCAAAAGUGA